AUGUUGGAUCGUCCUCGACGAACUAGGAGGAUGUCGUUGACCACCGAGGAGCACCGCAAACGUAAGGCCAACAAGCGGGCCAGACGCUCGGCCAAGCUCCAUAUACCAUCGAACGUUCCUGGAGCUGAUUGGCGAGAAAUGUGUGAUAUUGCCUACAACAACACAACCAAACGGACCGUAUCUGUCAGCCAAGGAAGCGUGCAAAAUCAUGUAAGGUUAUACGGUAUUUAAUUUGACGUUUUCUACAGUAAUAAGCCUAUUAUUAGUAAUUGAAUUAUGAUUAAUGUCUUUUGAAUUAACAAAGCCAUGAAUAAUUUCAGAGAACUGUUAGCAAAAUUUCGUUGGAUUCCAAGAGCAGGACGUCAAGUUUGAGGAGUUUGCACGUGGUAAGUAGUAAUUUUAAAGAAUUUUAUUUUUAGUCAUUCGAAAAUACAGUAACCAACAAGUUCAAAAGGCGUGAAUGCACAUUGAUAGUACCUAGUGGAAGAAACCCCGGAAAGUGAGUUAACUUCAAGUGUUUUAUGUGAAUAAUUGUUACAAAACCAAACUGCAAUGUUUAGAUGUAUGUGUGGACUGAACAUAAUCGACCAUGAAAGCGGCUCCGAAAUUGUGCACGAUGUUCCAGUAGAAGGAAAACACUUGUGGUCGAUUAGUGACAAUUGUCGAUUCUUUCCUACAAAUGCAUUUGGUACCAUUGAAUUCGAAGGCGGUCCCCAUCCCCUGAAGGCACAGUACCUCAGAUGCAGCUUCGACUCCAACCCGGCUGACAUUAUCAACUACAUUCAGAAGGUGUGGAAGGUGGAGCCGCCUCGACUGGUCGUUACGGUGUACGGUGGCAUGACCAACUUCCCGUAGGUUAACUGCAAAGUUAAUAUUGAGAGUUUAGACUUCAGCCUAAGUUGGCACGCGUCUUCCGCAAAGGUCUGAUGAAGGCAGCCGGCAUCUCGGGUACCUGGAUCUUCACCUCUGGCAUUGAUUCUUGUGCUGUCAAUCACGUCACAGAAGCACUAUAUGGCCAGUCGUAUAAUGGCAGAGCUAAGCCUAUAACCAUCGGAAUAGCGCCUUGGGGGUUGUUGAAACAAAGGAACAGUUUGGUUGGAUCGGUGAGUGCUCUGUUUAUGAAUUUUACAUUGUAAUAUUGUCAUGUUUAUUACAGUUAUUUGAAGUGUAUAUUGUAAUUUUAGGACAAAGUUGUUUCUUAUUACCGUGCUGUCCGAAGGAACGAUGACGGUCUUGUUGAGUUGAAUCGAAAACAUGCUUUCUUUCUACUAGUUGAUAAUGGUACUACAGGAAGGUAAAAGAAACGAUUGCAGAAGCGUAACUUAUCUUUCUCUUUAUAGAUAUGGAGCCGACAUCUUCCUACGAAGACGCUUAGAGUCUUACAUCACAGAGAAACAGACGUUAGACAUUGGCUCCAGACGAGUACCAGUUGUGUGUUUGGUACUGGAAGGUGGUCGUAGUACUGUACGGUGUGUGCUUGAUUACGUCACCAGUGUACCCAAGAUUCCUGUAGUUGUGUGUGAUGGCAGUGGAAGGGCUUCUGACCUGAUAUCAUUUGCUCAUAAGAGAAUAAAGGUGGAUGGGUAAGAUUACUAUAAAAUGAUACUACAGUGGAACUCCUGUAUAACAAAACUCUCGUAUACUGCACAGUGCAUUUAAAACUCCUGUAUAACGAAACUCCUUUAUAACGAACAAAUUUCAAGUCCCCGUGCGAUUUGUUAUACAGGAGUUCUGUAAAAUGAAAUGAGAAUUUAUAGUAAAAUCGAGUUAUUGUGUCAUUGUAAUGUAAAAUUGCUUCAGUGAUAUAAGAGAGACGAUUCGAGAACAACUGACCAUGUUGAUCAAGGAAGUCUUUGGUUACGAUGCCAAACGAGCAAAGGCCCUGAUCUCAGAAUUACUGAGGAUCGUGCGACAGAAGGAGUUAGUGACCGUGUUCAGGUUGGGCGAAAAUCCUAAACAAGACCUUGACAAUGCUAUUCUCACAGCGCUACUGAAAGGUCAAAAUCUGACGCCAAUCGAGCAACUCACGUUAGCUUUAGCGUGGGACCGUGCUGAUGUUGCGAGGUCUGACAUCUUUGUUAUGGGACAGGUAACCAUUCAACAGUUUUAUGUACAACAACAUAGUAAAUCUUUAUAUAGAAUCAAAGAUAGUGAAGUCUAUUACAGGAGAUUCCGAAGAAGGCCUUGUACGCUGCCAUGAUGGAUGCACUGAUUCACAACCGUGUAGACUUUGUGCGUCUACUUCUGGAGAACGGGGUCAACAUGAAAGAGUUCCUGACGAUAGCUCGACUCGAGAACUUGUACAACUCAAGUCAAGGACCUAAGAACACGCUACCGUACAUCGUGGACGACGUGAUCAAAUCCCAUUUCGACCGCUACGAACUGAUUCACAUUGGGUUGGUGGUCGAGAAACUGAUGGCAAACGGGUUCCGAUCGUCCUACACAAACACAUCGUUCCGCCAACGAUACGAAGAGUACAGGAAGAACGUGCUUCUGAAUCCGAAGAACAUGAGGGACGAGCACGUUCUGAGCACGGUGAGCACGAGUCAAGGGCCGUUGAGCCAAGAACUGGGCAUUAUUCCUCCGAUCUCAGGGAACCGGGCACUAAGCAAUCACAUCGCCUGGCGUUCCGUCAACCGAAACGGCUUUCUCAAUCGACCAGAGCUACCGACUCUGCCAGAUUCAGUUGUUAUUGACAUCGACGACGACUCAGGUAGGGCAACAGGUCAGUACGGUAACUGUAGAAUAUUUUAGAAACGUCGAAAAACGGGUCUCCAGACUUUGAAUAUCCAUUCAGCGAUCUCAUGAUGUGGGCAGUAUUAACUCGACGUCACAAGAUGGCGUUAUGUAUGUGGGAGCACGGUGAAGAAGCCUUGGCCAAGUCGCUCGUGGCCUGUAGGUUGUACAAGAGUUUGGCCAAAGAAGCAUCUGAAGACUUCCUUGACCUCGACAUUGUUGAAGAACUUAGAACUAAUGCAGAGUAAGUUCUCAAUCAUAUAAAACGUCAAAUACAUUUGUUACCUAAUUAUGUUCUUUAGAGAAUUUCGAGAACUAUCAGUAGCCCUAUUGGACCAUUGCUACAAGAACGACGAGAUGAGGACACUCGAACUUCUGACCUACGAGAUGUCGAAUUGGGGUCGGGAGACGAGUCUGACCUUGGCCGUGAUGGUGAACAACAAACAAUUCAUUGCUCAUCCAUGCUGCCAGGCUCUUCUGGCAGACCUCUGGCACGGUGGUAUGAGGAUCCGAUCCAGUACCAAUCUGAAGGUGAUAAUGGGACUUCUGUUCCCACCGUUACUAGUCUUCAUCGACUUCAAAUCGGCCGAGGAACUGAGAAGACAGCCUCAAACAGCUGCUGAGCACGCUGAUGACUCGUCUUCUGAAUCAGAUUCUCACUCUAUUGGUUCUGGAAGUCGUUCUUCAUCAUCAUCGAGUUCGUCUUCAUCGUCGAGCAGUUCAGAUGACGAUUCCUCUAUCGAAGAACAUGGUCCUCCUUUUGGGUCAAUGGUAAAUUUUAAACUGAAAAUUGGUCAGAAAAUAAUGAAAAAAUGUUUUUACUUUUCAAAAAGCUAUUCUAUUUAUAUUUUGUGUGAGCUUUGACAUAAAAUAGGUAACAUUUUACAUUCAGUUGUUCCGAAGUAAGCGAAAGAAGCCGAAGCAGCAGACCUCCAUCACGAGUAAUACCGUACCCACAGAGAAGGAGGAGUACUCUCUUACCGUACCCAGGACCAGUCGAGCUCAAAGCAAACUAAAAUCGACCGAGAAUCUGAGAGCGGAAUCCGAUUCCGCCAGCUUCAACGGACAUCAGAGCUUUCGGCCGCUGAAGAAGGGAAAGUCGAUGUUUUCAGGGAAGUGGAAGAUCAAGGACGUGAGUGGUUACCUCUUCUGGGACUCUAUUAUUUCUUUCACGUUCGGUCCGUUUGGAACUCAGAGCAGCGGCGACUCAAUGCCAAUCAACUAUUUGCGUUUGUUUGUUUUCGUGUCGGGACCUAACGGAAAGUGAUUUGUAGCGCUUGCUUUUGCAAAUAGUUUUUGCCUUUUAGUCACAAAAACGUUUUAUUAUUGCUAGUUUGGUCAAAAAAUACGUAGAAUUUUAAAUUUUAUGUUUUUUCGUCUUAUUUGAGUAGUCUAUUUCGUUUUUGAGCAAACUAGCACAAAGUAAAUGAAAGCAAAAGAUUUAAGCCCGCUCUUUUCAACUCUACCCUACCACUGACCUUUUCAGCCCUACCCAAGUCUAACCCCACCUUUUUCAGCCUGAUCCUAUCCCUGUCCUUUUUAGCCCUACGCAAGUCUACCCCCCUUCCCGCCACCUUUUUUAUCGCUACGCAAGCCUACCCCUGCUCUCUUAAGCGAUACUCUAGCCUAUCCUGCCAUAUCUAGACAUGAGAAACGGGCCGGGCUCAAUUUUCAGGCCCGGCCCGAUCGAAAUUUUGCUCCACCAUAAUAUACCCUAUCUUACCAUACCAUACUAUUUUAUAACAUACCAUACCCUAUCCUAAUAUAAUUCACCAUACCAUCUUCUAUUCUACCAACAACAAUAUACCAUACGUGCCCCUAUUCUAUCUUAUACAACACCGUCGUAUACGUUCAAUGGGUAAGGUAGGAUAAGUAAGUAAGGGAAGGUAAAUGGUAUGGUAUGGUAAAAUAGGGUAUGGUGGUAUAUCAUGGAAGGGUAGGGUCGGGUAGGGCUGAAAAGCUAAAACAGUUGUAUCAGUUUUAUUCAAUUUGAAAGUUUUGGCCCUAACUUGGCCAUAAUCGACAUUUUAUUUUGCAAAUUUUGACAAUUUUUUAAAAAAAUUAAAAUUUAAGCCUUAAGCAGUAGUUAACUUGAUUAUAAUUGACUCCUUUUCAUUACAUUGCACAAUUAAAAAAAUUUAGUUUUACUUGAAUUGCAAAUUUUUGGUUUUUCAAUGAGAACUUGUGAACCAAAUGCCGUACGAUCAUCAUAUUUUCACAAUUUACGUAAAAACACAUUAUCUUCAAUUCGUGUAGAACGAUUUUGGAUAACUUCUUUUUAAACCGAGUUACAGUAGUUUUACCGUAAUUUCAGUGCAAAUUUUGGGUUUUUCAGUGAGAACUUUUGAACCAAAUAGCGUAUGAUCUUAAUUUUUUCAUAGAUUACACACAAUCACAUUACCUUCAAUUCGUGUAGAACGAUGUUGGAUAUCUUUUUUUUAAACCGAGUUACAGUAGUUUUACCGUGAUUUCAGUGCAAAUUUUUGGUUUUUCAGUGAGAACUUGCGAAGUUUUUAAUAAAUUUGGCUUAUUUUUUUUAUCAGAGGUCUUGAUAGUGUCUUCUUUAAAUUGUGUAGAAGAAUAGUUAAUUACUAUCGUAGUUUUUAAGUUACACUGCUUACGUAUGAUAUUGUAACGUAAAAAACGCGCAGAUUUCAUAAUUUGGGCGCAGGUCGACCCGCCAUUCUGAGUUCCCUUUUUGUUAAAAGUGGACCGAACGUGUCUUUGGAAACAAAUUUUUGUCGCGAAAAACAAAUAAUAAAAGGUUUUCGUUGCAGGACAAAAUCCGGUUUCAGCGACGAAUUUACGAGUUUUUCGUGGCUCCAAUCACAACGUUCUGGUCGUGGACGUUGAGUUUCGCCAUCUUCUUGAGCUUAUUCACCUACGUUCUGCUUGUGAAGACACCUGCCAAGCCGUCGAUAUUAGAAUGGAUAUUGUUCUCUUAUGUUGUGGCAUUCGGGAUGGAGGUGGUUCGUAAGGUAAAUUCUAUACUUUUUGGUACUGAAUGUUUUAGUCUUGUAUGUCAUCAUGACAUGUUAGUCUUUAAUCUAUUUAACUUAUUCUACAAUUUUCUUUCUGAAAGUAAUAUACAUAUGUUAAUAUAAUGUUUAUAGCUGUGCAUGUCCGACCCAAAAGCAGUUAAAGAAAAGUUUGAAUACUUUUUCCUGAAUUACUGGAACGCUUUGACUACGGUAGCCAUCAUAACAUAUCUGGUGGGAUUUGGGCUUCGAUGUAACCCAAGUACAAGGUAAGAUACCAUGUCAUGACAUUUACUGUAACGUGCUUUAGGAACGCUGGAAGAGUUGUUUUGGCAACAAACUCGACCUUAUGGUCGAUAAAGUUACUCGACUUCUUGAGUGUGCAUCCAAGAUUUGGUCCGUAUGUUACUAUGGCUGGGAAAAUGGUAUGUUUUUGUGAAUCAUAGUACGACAUGACUUUUACUAAGCUUGUUUCAAAACAUUUUGAAGCGUGCGUAUGUUUAGUUUUUAUGGCUCAUUGAUUUUUGUACAGUAUGUUGUUGUAGAUCAUGAACAUGUCUUCCAUUGUUGUCAUGUUGGGUAUAUCAUUGUUGGCAUUUGGCUUGGCUCGGCAGUCAAUCACGUACCCAAACGAGGAAUGGAGCUGGCUUCUGUUGCGGAACGUCUUCUACAAGCCCUACUUCAUGUUGUACGGAGAAGUGUACGCUGAUGAGAUUGACACUUGUGGAGACGAAGCUUGGGACGAACACAUGGAGAAGCGGAUACCGGUGGAUGCUCUGGCCAAUACCUGUAGGUUGUGAGGGAUGGUGACCAUUGUUUUUAGCUAUGAGUUGUGUUCCGGGACACUGGGUGCCGCCUUUGUUGAUGACUGUGUUCUUGCUGAUCGCUAACAUCCUUUUGAUUAGUAUGCUGAUUGCCAUUUUUAAGUAAGUUCUUGGUUUGGGUCGAUUUCUUUUAACAGAAAUGGUUUCUGGUUGUUAACUGAUGUUUAUGGUAACAUGAUCUGUUAUAACUUUGUAAGUACUAAUCUUUUCCAGCAACAUAUUCGACGCGGCCAACAAGAUAUCACACCAGAUCUGGUUGUUCCAAAGGUAUCGACAAGUAAUGGAAUACCAGAACACGUCCAUAUUACCUCCACCUCUCACUCCCUUAUAUCACCUACAUUUAGUGUACAAGUACUUGAGGUUCCGGUAUGAAAUACGACAAGAGAGGAUAUCACAACACGAAAUUAACUCGGGCGACGAUCCCAAGAAGUUUCAGACGGCCGAGAAGAAACGGAAACAGAAAGUGAGGCUGCUACGGGAACAGUUGUUCGAUGCUACACUCAGUAAGUCAGGCGUAUAUAUAAUUAGUAAAAUAUUAAGUUGUAUUCGUUAACGAUUUAAAAUUUGCAUUUUUGAAUUCAUCAUAAAAUGGAUUCGAAAUCUCAUUGUAACACUUUUGCAGAGUUGUUCUUCAACCGAGAGCAGAUCGAGAAAAUGCACGAUUUCGAAGAAGAAUGCAUGGAGAGUUUGGCCAGAGAAAAGGAGUUUCUCAGUAGUAGGACCAAUGAGGAAAGGCUACGGAGAACGGUGGAGAGGACAGACAACAUCCUUCAAAGAGUCAAUGAUCUGACACAGAAGGAAAGUUACCUGUCGGACUCUGUACAUCACUUUGAGAACAAGAUGGAACACAUCGAGAGCAAACAGGUACGACUAACAAUAAAUUUGUACUCUUGUUACUUAACAUUAAUGGUAGUACUUCCUCUUGCCAAUAACUUAUCUUUGGCAUCAAUCCCCUGCCCAUAAUAUUCAAAACUCAUUGACAAGUUUUUUAAUUGCAGGCAGAAGCUCUGAAGUACUUGAAGCAUUUAUCAGAAACCUUGCCCAAACUGUACGAACUUCUGAGUGGAGAAGAAGAAGGUGACAUUGAAGUUCAGCUAGAACCUGAACCGAAACAGACCUUUGAAGAAGUUGUAAGUUUUGUUCAAUACCUUUAAAAAUAGUUUUCCAAUGUUGAAGUUACAUUUGUUAUUUAGUACUCACUCGACGCAGCUCCAGUAGAACUAAGAAACCGAAGUCGUACCACCACGAUAGCUGGUGAAUCUUCCCAGCUCCCCAAGUUGAUCGGCAAGAAGUCCUCGACCAGUUUCGGAAACUUGUUGAUGAUUGAUCAGAAGACGCCGAAGAAACUGAGUGCCGGUCCGUUAGUUGGAUUCAGAAGCAGUAUUCGGCGACCUCAAAGGAACGAGUACACUUCCAUUACUGACACGAUAGAGGUUGACCCCUCUGAACAGACCAUUACCCACAAGUUUUCAAAAACCUUCGAACGAGAAAAAUACAUCGAAAGCACUGGUAUGUCAAUAUUAUUGGGUUUACAUCUGUUUUGCAAUAAGUUUUGGAAUGUUUUAUUUCAGUUGAAGACUACUUAUCGGACGAAGAAGAAGAAGGUGAUGCACACGAUGACUCCAAGAGUCAUGAAGUUGUAAUGUCAACAUCACAAGGGCUGGCAUAUUACGACGACCCCCAAUAUCAAUCCCAACGAGAAGACAACGAAGAUGACUAUCUACAACAAAGAGACACUCCCAACACGACUCUCCGAAGGGCCAAGUCUUCCUUCAUCCGCAAUCAAAACAAGUUGAUGCGACAAUAUGAGGAGGUAAGUGUACAAAACUGUUCUUUGUAAGGAUAGAUAGCUAGUUAGUUGUAGCAGUGUUACUGUUAGCCAUCUUUGCCCAAUUAGUUUUUUAAAUUGGAAUUGUAGGAGAUUGCGGGCGAUAGUGAUAUGCCUGGGCCCAGCAAAAUAAAUCCAGGUUCGGACCUCGAAAAAGAGGACGAAGCCUCCCCACGAUCUACAGAACACAGUGUGAAUUCGUCUUCUGAAUUCCUGCACUUUAUCGGUCCCUCUCCCGAAUCCAAGGAGAAUGUAUAA